GCUGCGUUUUAGUACCGGCGUCCAGUGCGCGUGCCCGCACUACAGCCUGUGACCACACACGCACACCACCAUCAUCAUCACCACCACCACCAUCAUCAUCAUCUCUAACAUCAUCAUGAUGAUGACACGCGUGCGGUCCGCCGUCUCCAACAUCAUCGGCGGCAUCAUGGCUUCGGGUGCCAACGCGCACGAGAACCAUCCGGAUCUGCCGCCCCGGUUCCCGUACAGCAGGCCGGAUUUCCUCGCGCUGUCGCCGGACGAGGUGGAGUGCUCGGCGGAUCAUAUCUCCAGACCCAUCCUCAUCCUCAAGGAGAUGAAGCUGCCCUGGGCCGCCGGAUACGCGGAGGUGAUCAAUGCAGGGAAAAGUGCCCUAAACGAGGACCAGGCGUGUUGUGAGGUGGUGGAGCUCAGGAAAAGACCCGCAGACCCGUCCAGCCCCAGCUACACGCCCACCAGGAGACGCUCCUCACUGCCCAGUGCAGACAUACUGGAGACCAUCGACAGCAUGGAGGUGAAGGAGCUGGACUUCCACUACUGGGCUCUGUUUGACGGCCACGGCGGUUCUGGAGCUGCUGUUUUCGCCGCCAAGUUUCUCCACCUCCACAUCGAGGAGCAGCUCCAGGAGGUCCUGGAGAUCCUGCAGAACCCGCUGCUCCAGCCGCCCACCUGCCUGGGCGAGGAGAACCCCGUACACCACCUCCACCCGUCUGCCGGCUGCUCCCAGCGCGGGCUGUCCAGGGCGGCCUCGCUCAGGGGGGCCGCGGGGGCUCCGGGGUCCCCUAACACAAUGGCUCCGCGGUUCUUCAUGGAGAAGAAGAUCAAACAGGAGAGUCUGGUGGUGGGAGCCAUAGAAAACGCCUUCAAAGAGAUGGACGCUCAUAUUGCUCGAGAGAGGUCGGUGUACUCCAUCUCUGGAGGAUGUACUGCACUAGUGGCGAUGUAUUUACUUGGAAAACUGUAUGUGGCCAAUGCUGGCGACAGCAGGGCUCUGAUCGUCCGCGCAGGAGAGAUCAUUCCCAUGUCCAGCUCCUUCACUCCAGAAUCGGAGCGCCAGAGACUUCAGUUCCUGGCUCACCUGCAGCCGUCUCUGCUGGGAAACGAGUUCACGCACUUGGAGUUUCCCAGAAGGGUCACGAAAAAAGAGGUUGGGAAGAGAAUGCUGUACCGAGACUUCACAAUGAACGGAUGGGCCUACAAAACAGUUCAGGAAGAAGAUCUGAAGUUUCCACUCAUAUACGGAGAAGGAAAAAAGGCUCGUGUUCUGGCCACCAUCGGCAUCACUCGAGGACUCGGCGAUCACGACCUGAAGGUUCACGACUCCGACAUCGCUAUCAAACCGUUCCUCUUGAGUUCUCCUGAGGUGAAGGUCUAUAACCUCUCUCAGCAGGAGCAUGGCGCUGAUGAUGUCAUGAUCCUGGCUACAGAUGGACUCUGGGACGUGCUGUCCAAUCAGGAAGUGGCAGAGGCGGUAUCUGGUUUCCUUGGAAACUGUGACCCCGAUGACCAGCACAGGUACACUAUGGCAGCUCAAGACCUGGUGAUGAAGGCCAGAGGCGUCUUGAGGGACCGAGGUUGGAGAAUCGCUGGAGAUCGGCUCGGCUCUGGAGAUGACAUCUCAGUCUUCAUAAUUCCUCUAAUGCAUGGCAAUAAACAUCCCCAGCCGAGCUGACCAAUCAGGAGGCAGGGCGCCAACCGAAUCGGACUAACGCAACGCUCAGAUGCUCAGACAGCGUCCUGCUGGAGUUUGUGGAACUCGCUGUGCGUUUGAGCUCAUUUACAAUACGGACAUUUGCUUUUAAGGCUUAAAAGUCAACAUCUACUGACUUUGAAGACCCACGUCAAUGUUCCCAACCUCCGCGUGGGUUGGUGGGAUCAGUACAUAAGUUAUAACUUUGCACAAUGACUAAAGGAGGGUCCGGUUCUUUGAAGUUCUCUGCGGACAGAUGCGCACCCUCCGCAGUUUGUUUAUCUGCACUCAUCUGGCAGCUAGGCGGAACCAACCGUGUUUUGUUUGUCCUUUCAGGAUAUUAAUUUAUCCUCUGAAUGUUUAGUUUGCGGUUUUCCUUCUUUGCGUUCCCUGCAAAAAAAAUCAAAGCAAUUCUGGCUGUUAUUUGUACAUCCUGUUUUAAAAGACUCCAAGUUAUUGUAAAUGAAGACUCAGUAUUGUUUUGCUUCUCCUGUGCGCUGUAUAUUUGCAAUAGAUACUAAGCUAAAUAAUGCCGACCUGAUCUUCCAUUCAUCUCAGUAAGAUUUUUAGGAUGAUAGGCCUACAUUUUUAAGGAACAGUAAAUCAUGUGUGGGAUGGAGAAGUCUCAUGUACAGCGAGCGUUCCCUUUGAUUUCAAUACGCACCGUCUUGAAUUAACACCUACCUGCAAUCUGUUCUUCAGGGCUCCCGUGUGGAGGUUCGGUGAGGUCUGACUCGCGAUACAUCAUGUUCACAGUGGCACCUUCCUCUUCUACAGCACAAACCCGCUGUGAGCAUUUGGAAAGGCUUUCGUAUACACACACACACACACACACACACAAUGUGCAAACACACAUAUACACACUCCCCAAGAGAGUGGCCAUCUGGUCAGCACAACCUGAGUGUGACCAAAACAAGACUAAUUUGGCCAGAGAUUCAGCUGUGUGUGUGUGUGUGUGUGUGGACUGCUCUAACACACUUUAGCGCAGUCGUUUGUGUGGGUGGACGGCACUGCAAGGGCAUCACAUGCGUACUAAAGGAGCAUUCUGGGAAGUGCACACACAUUCACUGCAAAAAUGAUUCAUAAACUGCUUAUGUGGCUCCAUUAAUGCUUAUUGAAAUGGCCAACAGAUUUUAAUAAAAACUCACUGAUGUUGUUUCACUAAAAUGUUUCUAAAUAACAGGAAUGAUUUCAUAUGCUUUCCCAAAUAAUGUACUCCCCAUUAAAAAAAAAAUCCAGUAAGUUGUUAAAAGAAUAAAGACAUAGGUUCACACCAAA